AUGAAUGGGAGCUUGGAAAACAGAUACUUUAAAACUAGCAAUACUUCGUUAAGGGACAAUUAUCGACGACGAUUCCUACUCGGACACGAACUAUAUAUCAGGCUAUGUUUACUAGAUGACAUUUUCACAUACGAAAUUUUAGAUAUUGGGACUGUUGCUGAUAUCCAUUGCAAACUUAAAAAAUACUUCACAAAUUAUAGAGAAAUCCAAUUUUUUACAAUUAUUUCGUUUGAUUCAACAAUUGAUAUAAUAUUGCGAAAAUACUUGGAAUUUUUCAAAGUGAUUAAACCAGUUCAAAACAAGAACAAUUACGCAUAUACAAACGAUGAAUCAGUCAUUUCAAUACCAUACUUAUUGGGUGACCAUAUUCGUUCCUUAGUUCUCGUGGGCGAUAUGUACUUGGAAUGUGUAUUAAACACAGCUUGUUAUCGUAAUUUCAACGUCAACUUGUACAUGGUAUGA